GGCUUCCUUCUCAACUCACAACAUCAGUCAAUCUGUCAGGGUCUGUGUGCCUCGCCUCGUCUUUGAGAAAUCAAUAACCACAAGUUGUUUCUCUCUGUCUCACUUCGCCCUGCCCACGACAUUCCUCCAACCUUCGUUGAAUCGUCCUAACAUUCCAACAUGUCUGCACUUUUUCGUGACUCCACCGUGGGUCAGGCAAUUCGUUGGGCUACAGGCAACAAAUAUCUCCAGUACCCAGAGGAAGUCACCGGCUUUCAAUGUCCAGAUUCCUACCAGCACACCAAAAGUCUUUACUCAGAAGCCUCCACUCCGGCAACUGCCUCCCCUGAUGCCUCCCCCGAGGCACUCGAAAAGGUCAUCGAAGCCCCAGAACAUGACCGGCCUGUCUUGACGCAGGCAGCCACUGCAGUGGAUCGAGAAUCUAUUGCCAUGACCGACCGUACUCUCUCCAAGAUCAUGACCAGACCAGAAAUGAGCAUGGUCAAUACUCGGGCCGAUCUGGAACAAGCCUACACCAAUGCCACAAAGCAAGAGAGUUUGCAGCACCAACCUAGUCGCCCCAUUGCCCCCGCAGUCACCUCCGACGGCACCAUUCUCGUCGACUGGUAUACCACUGAUGACCCAGAGAACCCCCAGAACUGGUCCACAGGCAAGAAAGUGUUGGUAGUGGUGCAAAUCUACCUCUAUACCCUCGCCGUAUACAUGGGUUCCGCAAUCUACACUCCAUCCAUCCCAUACGUCGUUGAACAGAUGGGCGUCUCUGAAAAUGUCGCUGCCCUGGGUCUCUCAAUGUACGUACUUGGUUAUGGCAUUGGCCCAUUGAUCUUUUCUCCUCUCAGCGAGAUUCCCGUCAUUGGUCGCAAUCCACCCUACAUCUUGACAUUGGGCAUUUUCGUCAUCAUCUCAAUCCCUACUGCCGUGGUCAACAACUUCCCUGCCUUGAUCGUCCUACGCUUUCUCCAAGGCUUCUUUGGCAGUCCUUGUCUCGCGACAGGUGGUGCCUCAAUUGGUGACAUUUUCUCUCUCCUGAAGCUGCCUUAUUUCCUCACCGGAUGGGCUGCUUUUGCCACAGCUGGCCCCGCCCUUGGUCCCAUCAUCUCAGGCUUCUCCGUUCCUGCCGAGAACUGGCACUGGUCUCUCUGGGAGAUCGUCUGGCUCUCCGCCCCUGUCUACAUUUCCCUGCUCUUCCUCCUCCCCGAGACUUCGUCAGCUACCAUCCUGCUCCGCCGCGCUGCUCGACUCCGAAAGCAAACCGGCAAUAAGAACCUCAAGUCCCAAGGUGAAAUCGAUCAGGAGAAAAUGAACGUCAAUGAAGUCAUUGUCAGCAAUUUGUGGCGUCCGGUUCAAAUCAACGCAUUCGACCCGGCUGUUCUCUUUACCAGCGUCUACACCGCCCUCAUGUACAGCAUUUUCUACUCAUUCUUCGAGGUCUUCCCUCUGGUCUACGGCACUGGCAACGGCCCACAUUCGGCCACCCAAGGUUACGGCAUGAAUCUGGGAGAAAUUGGGCUCAUCUUCCUCUCCAUCUCAGUCGGUGUUACCAUCGCCAUCGUUAUCUACAUUACCUACUUGAAGAAGGUGUUUGAGCCGGAAAUCAUGACCAAGGGCCUUGGAGAACCCGAGAGAAGACUCAUUCCUGCUCUGCCUGCCACAUUUCUCCUACCAAUUGGUUUGUUCAUGUUUGCAUGGACCGGCAAUAGUUCUCCAAAGAUUCACUGGAUCGUUCCGACAAUCGGUGUUGUCAUCUUCACCGUCGGCAUCUUUAUCUUGUUCCAGUGCAUCUUCAUCUACAUUCCUCUGACUUACCCACAAUACGCUGCAUCACUGUUUGCGGGUAACGACUUUGCACGCUCAUCCAUUGCCGCAGGAGCAAUCCAUUUCUCGCGACCAUUAUUCCACAAUCUGGGGGUUGGUGAAGGUGUCUCUCUUCUGGCAGGCCUGACCGUGGGUGGAAUCAUCGGGAUUUACCUUCUGUGGGCCUAUGGUGCCAAUUUGAGGGCUCGCAGUCGAUUCGCUGCUAAAUAAGACUUUGAAGAAGCAUACAUGACAGAGGAAAAGCAGACGUCGUAACGUUUUCUUGUCUGACAUGAAGUCUUUCUGACAAUCUGUCUUAUCUACUAUUGGUGGCUAUUUCAUGAUAUUACCACUGUGUCCAUAUUGCAAGCGUUGGGCGUUGGCAGGGUUCGUUAUUACGACAGGGUAUUUGUGUCAUUAAUUAAUCAUCAUGAAUGACAAUUAUCACAGUCGAUUAUGAUAGAGAUAGAACUCAAAGAAAUCAAAACUCGG